CAAUAUAAGGAUGCAUGUAAAGAGAUUGCUUCGUUAACGUUGGCGUCUCCGCUAAACAGUUCUUCCGUUGACUGAGGCAAGAGGAAUUGGGCUUCGGUAGUUUUUUUUAAUUGCUUUGAGCGUCUUUCACGGACACGGUGUUAUCGUGCACCAAGUUGAUGACUCGAUAGUGAGAGGCUCAGUGAUAGUGCAAUAAAGGAGAUUGAAUUCUGUGAGAAAAUGUCAACGAAAGCAGCAAAGAAGUCUUCGGCGUCAAGCUCGACCAGUAACGUGCAGUCGCCGCAAUUCACGUCAACGCCAAUCGGCCAAAGGCCGGGUAGUCCUUUAAGUCCGACUCGUUAUUCUCGUCUCCAGGAGAAGCAAGAUUUACAGAAUCUAAAUGACCGGUUGGCCUGUUACAUUGAUAAAGUACGGCAUUUGGAAUCCGAGAAUUCCAGAUUGUCGCGGGAGGUUGAGACCACCAAGGAGACUAUCACUCGCGAAGCAUCCAACAUAAAGUUAAUAUACGAACACGAAUUGGCCGAUGCAAGGAAAUUAUUAGAUGACACUGCGAGAGAACGAGCAAAACUCGAGAUUGAUACCAAACGAUUAUGGGACACCAACGAGGAAUUAAAAUCUAAAUUGGGUAAAAAAGUUGGGGACUUACAAGUUGCAGAAAGAAAUUUAUUAUUGUACGAAACUCGUCAUAAUGAUUUGCAAUCAAAGUAUAAUCAAUCUGAAGCGGAACGUAAAAGACUGGCUGACAGGGAAAGAGAACUGGAAGAUGAAGUUGAAAAAUUAAAAGUAUUGUUGGAAGAUGCACGUAAACAUCUUAGCGAAGAAACUUUGCAACGUGUUGUUCUUGAAAAUAAUAUUCAGAGUCUGAAGGAAGAUAUCAGCUUCAAAGAUCAAAUUUAUCAACAAGAAUUAACAGAAACGAGAACAAAACGGCAGAUUGAAAUCUCAGAAAUAGAUGGACGUCUUGCUGAACAGUAUGAAGCAAAAUUACAAAACUCUUUGCAAGAAUUGCGAGAUCAAUAUGAGGCACAGAUGCGAGCAAAUAGAGAAGAAAUUGAGUUACUAUAUGAAAAUAAAAUUAAAAAUUUGUCAGCUCAUGCUCAGCGUAACAGUGGUGCUGCUAGUUUAGCUGUUGAGGAGUUGAGACAAACAAGAACGAAGAUUGAGGGACUUAAUCAAAAGAUUAAUGAGCUAGAAGCAACUAAUAAUGCUCUUAAUGCACGAAUCAGAGAUUUAGAGAAUCUUCGUGAAAAUGAGAGGACACGCCAUGCAGAAAAUUUGGCAUCCUUGGAAGCAGAAUUAUCACGUGUGCGUAAUGAGAUGGCUCAACAACUGCAAGAAUAUCAAGAUCUUAUGGACAUUAAAGUAGCUCUGGAUUUAGAAAUUGCUGCGUAUCGUAAACUUUUGGAAUCUGAAGAAGCGAGGUUAAAUAUUCAUCCUACACAAUCAAGUUCAGCAGCACCAAGCGGUAGAAGUACUCCUUCACGUCAUACACCAUUAAGAGGAGGAAAACGAAAACGCACUUUGUUGGAAGAGAGUGAAGAACGCAGUAGUACAGAUUAUAGUGUAACUGGAACAGCUAGAGGAGAUGUAGAAAUUACAGAAGCUGAUCCUCAGGGACGCUUUGUGAAACUCACCAACAAAGGCAACAAAGAAAUAGGUCUCAGUGGGUGGCAAAUUAUUCGUAAAGCUGGUUCUUUGGAAACAGUAUUUAAAUUUCAUCGUACUGCAAAGAUAGAUGCAGGUGCAACUGUAAUGGUAUGGUCAUCAGAUAUUGGUGCUACACACGAACCGCCAUCAAAUAUUGUCAUGAAGGGUCAGAAAUGGUUUACAGCAGAUGCUAUGUCAACUACGCUUCUUAACAAUGAUGGCGAAGAAAUGGCCACUUCAGAAUGCAAAAGGCAACAGUUGUCCAAAACUAUGUCUCGGCAUAGAGAAAACUUGGGUUUUAGAACUUCUGAGGAACUUCACCAUCAAGAGAGAAGAUAUCUCUACCCAUAUUAAGUGAGUGACCAAAUGGUACUGAUGGGUCGAUUUAUGGCGAUCCCCAGGGAGAUGAAUUUUGUCGCAUUGCGUAAAAACGAAUCUGCAAAAAGUAUCUUAAGAUAAAUAUAAUCUUAAGGAUUAUAACAGCACGUUUAUAAAUGCUUGAAAGGUACAGGAAGACACUAUGAGAUUCGAUUUCAAACAAUCGGGUCUUCAGUUUCAUCGACACAUACACAUAAGGAAUUCAUAUGAAUAAUAAUGUCUCGAUUGAUAUAUAUUUUGCUUAAGAAAAUAAUAAAGAAGAGAUUAAAAAAGAGAAAUUUACAGCACUGUUAGUACUUUACGCAAUAAUACCUCUAAACUUGUACAUGAUUUCGUAACUGCUUUGUACGUAUUUUGAAUAUUGUUUGAUUUGUAGUUAUUUCAUGCUUAAUCGAUCGAUCGACAGGUCGUUCAGUAUAUAAAGAUUAAAGAGGAGAAGAAUGCCACAUAUAAGAACACGGAAAAUUUUCCAGAUGAGAAUGAGCUGAAAUAUGAGCUGAAAUUUGGUUAAAUAGUAUUUUUCUACGUUAAUAGAAACUUUCGAAAGAUUAUGACAUUUUAUAUUUAAACUGAUUUAUUCCUUUAAAUAAUACGUUUGGAAAUUUUUUAAAUCAAUAAAACGUGUAUUAUUGCAGAAUUAUUCGACUGGCUUUCUACGCAAUUUCAUAACUACUAUUUUCAUCAGGAAAUUUUUUCCUUGAGAAAGCUUUGACAACGACGAAAAGGAUAUAGACAGUUCCUACUAUGCGCUUAUUUUGCAGUUUCCAGCUGUUCGAAUUUUUAGAAUUAACAAGGAAUGUAUCUGUACAAGUUUGAGGAUAUUACUGUACUUAUAGAAGUAUGUACAACGCAACAAGACAACUAUUCUGUAAUAUAUGUAAUGUUUAAAUCAAACCUAACGAAGUGUUUCACAGUGAUUGAAACAAUUUAUUGCAUUUAUAUACUUGCACAUCGUACAAAACUUGAUUUAUCGGUUAAUAUCAAAGUUACUACUACUUUAUCGAAUAGAGGAGCACGAGGAAUCUUUCUUAACGAGACCGAAAUAUUUUUUGGCGUAUCAUUUACUUCUACCUAGUCGUUAUCGUGCCUUUCAAAUGUAUAAAAGAAGAAGUAAAGAGAUCUUUCUCUCAGUAGUUAAUAGUAUUUAUUUUUAAGUACAAAACCCGGAUGUAGUAGGAGUGUGCGGUUUGUAUAAUAUUCAAGCAUUUUCAUUGCCAGGGAAAUAUCUUCCGAUACCUAUACUAUGCUGCUUUUGAGUUCUUCACAAAUUAAUAUAAUUCACAAAAAGAAAACAAUUAUGUUUAUGUAUCCGCUCCGGCAUCCGGAAUAUGAUUUUGUUAAUUGUAUUUGACUUUAUACCAUUUAUACUAAUAAUAAAAAUCUCUAAUUAACUAUAUCAUCCUUGUACUUUUUUUAAAAUUUACUAUUAUUGUAUGUGCAGUGUAUAAUUAUAGUGUUCCAACUUGUGUAUGUAGAUGUAGAUAUAAGUUUGUAAUUAUUAUAAGAUAAAUUUAACAUUAUUUUAAAACUGAGGCUUUAAUUUU